CUUUUAUUUAUCACAAAUAUCUACAGAUUCAAACUGAAAAGAGAAAUAAUUGAUGGCUUUGGUUGGAGAAGCAUUGCUCUCUGCUUCUGUACACGCCCUGGUUGAGAAGAUUGUCUCCACUGAAUUCAAAGAUUUGUUUUGCAGGGAGGAAUUCGAUCCUUCAAUUCUCAAUAAGCUUAAAAUCACAUUGCUAACCCUUCGUGCAGUUCUGAAUGAUGCUGAGGAGCAGCAGAUAAGGAAUCCUGCAGUGCAAGAGUGGCUUCAUGAGCUCAAAGAUUCUGUCUAUGAUGUAGACAGCUUGUUGGAUGAAAUCUACACAAAGUCCUUGCAACGCAAGGUAGAAGCCAAGUCACAAAGUUUUAGUUAUCAAGCGCGGAACUUCCUUUCUUACUCUUUCAAACAGUUUCGUGGGAGAAUGAAUUUUGAAUUGCAAAACUUAAUGCAAAGAUUAGAGCAUUUUGCAAAGGAGAAGGGUAUACUUGGUUUGAAAGAAGGUGUAUCUGGGAGUGUAUGGAAUGGAACAGUCACAACCUCGGUGGUUGAUCAAUCUAUAAUAUAUGGUAGAGAUGGUGAUAUAGAUAAACUAAGAGAAUAUUUGCUAUCAGAUGAUGAUUGUGAUAACCAUGUAGGAGUGAUUACUAUUGUAGGCAUGGGAGGGCUAGGCAAAACAACACUUGCUCAGCUACUUUACAAUGAUCAAGAAGUGAAACAGCACUUUAGUUUGAAAGCAUGGGCUUGUAUCACCAACAAUUUUGAUGUUGUUAGGGUGACUAAGACGCUUCUUGAGUCUGUUAGUUUGAAGCCAGUUGUUACUAAUAAUCUUGAUGCUCUACAUGUUGAAUUGCAGCAAAGUUUGAGUGGUAGGAAAUUUUUGUUUGUAUUAGAUGAUUUAUGGGAUACCUAUAAUGACUGGAAUAGACUAAAAGCUAUUCUUAGGUCCGGCGAAGUAGGAAGUAAGAUCAUUAUCACAACACGCCAGGAAAAUGUUGCCUUGGCAAUGCAUACUUUUCCCAUCCACAAUUUAAUGCCACUGUCACACCAAGAUUGUUGGGAUCUGCUUGCCAAACAUGCAUUUGGAGCCAACCAGUCCAAUAGAGAUCCAAAGCUUGAAGAGAUUGGGAGAGAAAUUGCAGCCAAAUGUGAUGGUUUACCUCUUGCUGCAGAAGCUCUUGGGAGUCUUCUUCGAACCAAAUUGUCUGAAAAGGAUUGGAAUAGAAUUUUGAAAAGCAACAUCUGGGAUUUGCCCAAUGACAAGGUACUGCUCCCUUUGCUAUUGAGCUAUUAUUAUUUGCCUCCUCCUUUAAAAGGAUGUUUUGCCUAUUGUUCAAUUUUUCCAAAGAAUUAUGAGCUCAAUAAGGAGAUGUUAGUUAGAUUAUGGAUGGCAGAAGGUUUAAUUCAGUUUAGAAGUAAUCAAAGUUUGGAAGAGACAGGAGAUGAAUACUUUGAUGAACUAGUAUCAAGGUCAUUUAUACGAAAGAACACUAAAUAUUUCCAAUUCAUGUUCACAAUGCAUGACCUCAUCAAUGAUUUAGCCACAGCUGUAUCAGGAAGGUAUUGUUUCAGAUAUGACAGUCCAAAACCAAGUGAAUGUUUAGAUAAAAUUCGCUAUUUGUCUUAUAGCAGGGGAGAGUAUGACUAUUGUCAUAAGUUUGAUGGAAUUUUGAAAAUAAAGUGUUUACGAACCUUCAUAGCCUUACCAAUGAGAAAGAAUCCAUACCAAGCUAGCAAAAAUUGUUACUUAGCAAAAAGGUUGCCACAUGAUUUGUUCCUAAAGAUGAGGUAUUUACGAGUUCUAUCUUUGUCACAUUAUGACAAUAUCACUGAGUUGUCUGAUUCUCUUGGAAAUUUCAUCCAUUUGCGAUAUCUGGAUCUCUCUUACACUAAAAUCAGAAAGUUACCUAAUGGAACGUGCAAGUUGUACAAUCUGCAGACUUUACUGCUAUCAUGUUGUUCGUAUCUAAUUGAGUUGCCUCAAGACAUGGACAAACUGAUUAAUUUGCGCCACAGUGAUCUUAGUGGAACCAAGCUGAAGGAGAUGCCCUCAAAUGUGAGUAGGCUAAAAUGUCUCAAAACUUUGACUUGCUUUGUUGUUAGCAAAAAAGAGGAUGGAUUAAAGGUUAGAGAAUUGACAAAUUUUCCACAUUUACAAGGGAAACUCUCCAUGUUAAACCUGCAACAUGUUGUGGACGCCAAUGAUGCUUUUCAAUCUGGUUUGAGAAACAUGGAAAAAAUUGAGGAGUUAGAAUUGGAAUGGGGCUGCAACACUGAAGACUCGCGUAAUGAGAGAGAAGUGCUUGACCAGCUACAACCGUCAUCAAACUUAAAGCAUCUUACCAUCAAAUUUUAUGGUGGCACCACCUUCCCAAAUUGGUUGGGGCAUUCUUCUUUCUGCAACAUGGUAUCUCUUACGAUAAGUGAUUGUAAUCAUUGUUGGUUGUUGCCACCACUUGGGCAAUUACCUGCUUUGAAGCAACUCAUUAUUGACAGGCUCAAAUCACUAAAUUGUGUUGGAGUUGAUUUCUAUGGUAGAGGCUCCUCUUCUUUUCAACCAUUUGCGUGCUUGAAGUAUCUAAAAUUUAAGGAGCUACCAUGCUGGGAGGAAUGGCUUUCCAUCAGCGAUAAAACUACCGAAUUUCCUUCUCUUGAAGAGUUGUGUAUAUUCUACUGUCCCAAGCUAAAAGGAAACUUACCUAACAAUCUUCCAUCACUAAAAAGACUCAGAGUAGUUGAAUGUGAUUUACUUGAAUUACAAAACUCAAAUGAGGUGGAUAACAUCUACACUGGUGAGACUAAGAUUCCACUGAAAAGAUCAUCUGAUCUCAAAUGGAUCUCUACUCUUCACUCUUUACAUGUUUUUGGUUCCCCAGGUGUACUGUCAUUGUUUAACUACUUUACUGUUGGAAAUCAUGAUCCUAUACAGAUAUCCCUUAGGAUGACAAUCAGCAACAGUUGUCUUCGAAUUUUGAAUAUCAAAAGAAUUCCAUCUCUCAUAUACUUUCAAAAAGAUGGUCUUCCCACUUCAUUGAUGCACCUGCAUAUCCACAAUUGUGAGAAAUUAGAAUUUCUACCUUCUGAACUGUUGCAUAAUUAUUCAUCACUUGUGUAUCUUACACUAAGUGACAGUUGUCAUUCACUGGAAACCUUUCCAUUAGGUAGUUUUCCUGUUCUUGAACAUCUUUAUAUUGACAAUUUUCCUAAUCUCAAAUCCUUCUCCAUCUCAGAUAAAAAUGCAUCACAAAGCCUUACACAUCUCAAAAUCAUCAAUGUAGCAAAUUGUCCUAACUUGGACUCUUUUCCACAAGAUGGGUUGCCCACACCCAAUCUAGAGAAAUUAUUUGUGCACACAUGUGAGAAUCUCAAGUGUCUGCCAGAAUGGAUUAACACCCUCACUGGCCUUCAAGAACUGAGUGUUUAUGAUCUUCCAUGUCUCGAGUCAUUUGCAAAAGAGGGCCUGCCUUGCAAUUUACAAAAACUUGGGAUUGUUGAUAGUGGAACACUCUCAACAACAUCCAUCAUUCAAUGGGGUACUCGGUGGCUCACUUUUCUUAUUGAACUAACAAUUGGAGGGGAUGAUCUUGUCGAUGCCUUGAUGAAAAAGCUAUUGCUUCCAACCUCUCUUGAGUCCCUUUGCAUUAGAAACAUUUCUUUCUUGGAUGGCAAGGGGCUUCAACACCUCACUUCUUUGGAAAAUUUGCAGAUUAUAAACUGUCCAAACCUUGAGUUGUUGCCAGAAAAGGAAUUGCUUCCUCUUUCUCUUUCAGUACUUGGUAUUUGUGAGUGUCCUUUAUUACAAAUCACUUAUCAAAGGAAUGGAGGAGUAAAUUGGCCCAGGAUUUCCCAUAUUCCAUGCAUAAAGUUCAAUGAAGAAGUAAUAAUAUGAACGUCAAUGAAGAUUUUAUCAAAAAUUACUCUAGGAGACAACGGAAACGGUGCUCCAAGAUCUCCCAUUCUCCGAAUGUUUAUUUCAGAAGAAAGUAUGUGUAAUUAAUGACAAUUAUGCCAUGUGACAGGUAUUCUUUAUUUAAUUUAUGAGCGGUGUGAGCAGGCAGUUAUGUUUUGUAAUGAAUGACAGUUAUGUCACAUGACAGUUAUGCUUUGUAAUGUUUAAUUUAGGAUUAGGUUGUUAAGUGGGUGGUUACUGGUUAGGGUUCUGUAUUUGUAAGAUUCAAAACAGAGAAAUAUUUUCUGUGGUAAACGUCAAGGUUGUCAAAUUCAAGAGUUUAUGUAAAUUCAUGGAGCGUUAACUUGACUC